AUGGGUCAAAGUGCCAAAAUUAUGUGGCACAUACACAUGUUAUGUAACCCAAAAAUGAAAGUGGUGUAUUUGGAAAUUCUUCAGGUAAAAGGCCUAUGAAAUAUUCCAUAAUAAUAAUGUAAUAUAUGAUUCUAGGCUUUUUCCUUCAUUAGUGCUUAUAAAAGUAAAUAGCAAGACAUAAAAUGAAUUGAAUGGCAAAAGUGUCUGUACAUUUCAGUGGUAGUCUUUACACUAGAGCCUAAAUAAGCUAAGAAAUAUUUCAAGACAAGUAAAUUUUAAAUUCUUCAAGUAAAGAAAACCUUCACACUCAACCUAUCUUUUUUACUUCAGGUUUACUUAAGCCUGUUUCCCCAUGCAACAUAAUUAAGAUUGAUUGACAUGCUAUGCCUUUCUCAAAGCUUAGAAACCGCAAGUUCGUUAAGUCGGUUUUAAGGAUGGUUUUCAAGUCACUUGAAACUUUCUAGAAUCGUUUCAACUUUCCGACUUUAAUGAGAUGCAAAGUAAAGUUACCUGAGAUUUUACUUGGGCCUUCACACACGCAGUUUUGGCUGAGUAAAAAUUAGCAGUCCUUAAGUCUUACUUAACAGCCAAGCGUAAAGACAACCAUUGAUUGAACUAUUAUAUAAAAUUCAUUCUUAUCACUGAUAUUCUUAGUUAAAAUGAAGAUGAAGAUGACUUCCACAUGUGUCGAAACAUCAGUCACUGCCAACAACAGUCCUAUCAAGGUCAACACUCACCCAGAUGAUCGUUGUUUUAACAAACUUAAAACGUACACCGUAUUCAACAAUUUUUGAAGGCAAAUGAGACUGGGGGAAGUUAUCAAAUAGAAUUGGAGGGAGCAAAAAGAGAAUGUGUUUAUCUACAGUCUCCUUGCAUGGCCAUAAAAGUUUUAUCUCUGGACUGCUUGCAGUUCUUCGAUGUUUGGGACGUAACAUGCUCAUUCAUCAAGGCAAUGCUAAAGUUGGGGAAAGAGAAAGGAUGUGGGCGGAUUAGUGAUUGGUUGAAAGGAGCACAGAACCACCUCUACAUGUGUGCCACAUCCACUAGACUGGGUUUUGGAGAACUUAUUAUGGCCAAGUGGAAGUCAUUCAUGCGGCAUGUGGCGAAUAAGCAUGAGGACCACCCAUCUCUGUUCAAACAAUGU